AUGAACUCCCUAAACAUCAUCUCGGCCCGAGUAUCACCGACGUCCAGCCCGACCACGUCUCGAUCGAACUCUAUAAGCGCACUCAGUCUAGCCCACCAUCUUAGCAAGGAGGAGGACGAUAAUCUUGGGUCGCGCAGCAACGAAGAGCUGUUGGGCCUAGUCAACAAAAACAACACACUGCCAGAAGAACCCGAGGACAAGGAUACAACUGCGCAAGGGGGAUACCAUGGACAGGACUACGACCCCGACGAGAAGACCCCUCUGCUAGCCCAAGGCCAGCCCAAGUCGCCGACCACAUGGAAACCCCUCCCCAAGCGCUUCGCGUUCGCCAUUGUCGAGUCCAUACGCUGGCUGCUCAUGACGAUUGCUGCGCCCGGCCUCUACUUGAUCGCCUUGUUCUACGAUGCCGAGGGCAACUUUGCGCCCACCAAACAACUACGGAAACUGUUCGGGCGAUAUGGAGGAAAUGCGAAGGAAAUGGCGAUGGAUUACCAUGAGGCAGCUGCCCUCUCUGACGCUAACCUGGACGGGACGGGCAGCGGAGGAAGCCUUCGCAAGUCACGAAAGUCUCGCCUCCGUUCUAGCGGCUCUUCAUCGUCAGGACUCUCCUCCGAGUCCGAAUCGGAAACGGAAAACCAGAGGGGUAGUAACAGCAGCGGGCGACGUCUCAAAUCGAAGUCAUCCCAAGACUCUGAAGAAAUCGCCCCGGCACGACGCUCCAUAAGAAUCAAGCUUCACUCGGACGCCGACUCCCUACGACAGCGCAAGCAGCGAAAGGACCGCUCCUCCGCCUCCGGCCGAUCUACCACUAAUAGUGACGGCAAUGGCGGGUCCGGCCAGCAAAACCUCAGUGUUCCCGGCAACGACAUCUCGGCUCAGCUCAAGUCACCGACCUCACCCGUCGGUGCUCUAACCAAGUACCCCAAGACGCCCGCGCCCCCGAGGCCUCUGAUCCCCAAGCGCCAGCCCUCAUACAAGAUCAGCGCCGUCGACCCAGCCAACCUCAAGCACCAAAAGACGCUCAUCCUCGACCUCGACGAGACCCUAAUCCACUCCAUGUCCAAAGGCGGCCGCAUGUCCUCGGGCCACAUGGUCGAAGUGCGACUGAACACGACUUAUGUGGGCGUGGGCGGGCAACAGACCAUCGGGCCGCAGCAUCCCAUCCUCUACUACGUGCACAAGCGCCCGCACUGCGACGAGUUCUUGCGACGUGUCAGCAAGUGGUACAACCUGGUGGUGUUCACGGCGUCGGUGCAGGAGUAUGCGGACCCCGUGAUCGACUGGCUGGAGAGCGACCGCAAGUACUUCUCGGCUAGGUAUUAUCGGCAGCAUUGCACGUUUAGGCAUGGGGCGUUUAUCAAGGAUCUGAGCUCGGUGGAGCCGGAUCUGAGCAAGGUGAUGAUAUUGGAUAAUAGCCCGUUGAGCUAUAUGUUUCAUCAGGACAAUGCAAUACCCAUACAAGGCUGGAUCAGCGACCCGACUGACCUCGACUUGAUGUACUUGAUACCGUUCCUCGAAGGUCUGCAGUACGUGUCGGACGUGAGAGCCCUGUUGGCCUUGAGAGACGGAGAGGAUGGGCAGCAUACGGCUUGA